AUGGAUACUCUUCGUAAUGGGCGUAGUGCCUCUUUUCCUUUGCUCUCUGUUCUCCUGCUCUUCUUCCUAAUCUCCUCCUCUCUGCCAUCUCUUACGCUCUCUGCUUCCUCUCUUCGCUGCCAUGCAGCUGAUAAAAGAGUCCUCUGGAAAAUCAAGAAAUCUCUAAAAAUCUCCGAUUAUUACUUCGACUCCUGGAAUCCCAGUACCGAUUGCUGUAACUGGAACUAUGUUGUGUGCGACCUUUCAGACCGCGUAUCCCAACUCCUCUUCUACAACAUCUACACUCCUUUCCAAAUCCCGGAGGCCGUCGGUGACCUCCCAUACCUGAAAACUCUGGAAUUCAGGGACAGUACCAACCUCACUGGUUCCAUCCCCUACUCCAUCACAAAACUUCCGAGCCUCGAAACUCUAAGCAUAUGGAACACCAGCCUCUCGGGUCCUAUCCCUGAAUUUCUAAGCAAGCUCAAAAAUCUCAGAUAUCUCUAUCUGGGAUACAACCAACUUUCUGGUCCAAUCCCGGCUUCUCUUGCAAACCUUAACAAGCUGCAAAAUCUCGACCUCCAGUCGAACAAACUCACUGGAAGCAUACCCAAUUCAUUUGGGAGAUUCAAAGACGGGGUACUAGCCAUUUUCUCUCUUUCUUUAUCUCACAACCAGCUGUCCGGUGCAAUCCCCAAAUCGAUUGAUGUCUCAAACAUCGACCUGUCACAUAACAGACUCAGUGGGGACGCGUCAAUGUUGUUGAGGGAGAAUGGAGCGGGAACAUGGAUCGAUUUAUCGUACAACCAAUUCGACUUCGAUCUGACGAAGGUGAGGUUUCCAAAGGGCUUAAUGACUUUAGAUUUGUCCCACAACAAGAUUCACGGCAACAUUCCGAAGCAGGUGAUUGAGUUGAUGAAUUUACAAAGAAUGGAUUUGAGUUAUAAUCAGCUGUGCGGAGAGAUUCCUUUCGCUGGGAAUGUGCAGAAGAACCUUAUGAGUGCCAAAGCCUUUGCCCAUAAUCGGUGUUUGUGCGGCCCGCCGCUCCCCAACAAGUGCAAGUAAAUCAGUCGGCAUCAAUUAAUGAAGGAAGACACCUUGAACCACUGAAAGAUAAUUCAGAUUUCAGUAAUAACAAUAAUAAUUUCCGGGUGCAACGAAUUUGCAGGAACGUGCAGAUAUGAAUAUUGUUCUUGUUUUUCUUUUGGAUGAAU